AUGACAUUCUUGACAUCACCAAUAUUGCUGAUGAGCUACAAAUGUGCAAGAACAACUGCACAAACACUCAUGCAGCCCUUGAUGGUAUUAAUAUUAACAAUAUUAGAAACAAGGCUGAGGAAGGAAGUUAUGUACAAUGGGCAUUUAACCGAUGUGUCAUCAGAAUGUUUUUCAUUUGUGAAAUUCCUGCAGGGAAAACGCGAGUCCAACAGACUUGAAGGUACGAAUAUGGGUUUCUUAUCGCGCUCCGAAUCGACAUCGCACGAAUACCAUGCUACCGUUGACUACAUCGCAGUGCAUCCACUCUAUGAGACGGGAGACAAUGGCGGUCCUAUGAUGUGUCAAAUGGAUGACGGAUUGUGGUAUUUGGCAGGACUUGCUAGCUGGGGAUUUGGUUGUGCCGACCCAUCGUACCCUGGCGUGUACUCGCGUAUUACUGCCGGCAAUCAGUGGAUACAGUCGACAAUGGAAACUGGCGUGACGUCAUGUGGCACAGUCGACUCGCCCGCGGAUUGUAUCGUUAGUGGUAAUAACGCGACAGAUGGAAGUUGGCCCUGGCACGUAGCUCUCCGCAUCGAUGCGAGAGAUUCUCCCGGUGAUUAUAUACGUACCUGCGCUGGCGUUAUCGUCGAUGAGCGUUGGGUAUUGACGGAAGCUCUCUGUGUGUACAAUAACACUUCAUGGGAGGUACUAGAAAGCGAUCGCAUACACAUGCGCAUGGGCACGGUUACUUUAAGUGAAACCUCGCCAAAUGAGUUUUCAACAUUUGUGGAUGAAGUGUACAUUCACCCGAACUAUAACUACGACACAUCUGAUUGGGACUUAGCACUGCUUUACGUGGCUACCCCGCUGCCAGUCGAUGCAUACAUCAAUCCAGUCUGCUUACCGUCAACUGGCUACGAUUAUUUUUUUCCACGAAGACGAAGAAUGUGUUAUAACCCGAUGGGGGCAAUUGUACGAAGAUCGUAG